AACACACACAGUGCACUUCCUUAGACCCUUAACUAAGCAACGACAAAUUUUUUGUUUUUCCCGCAAUACAACCAAAUAGUUUAAUCAAUUUAAGUUUGUCGGUGACUAGACUAAAUGUUUCAGGUUGGAAGAAUCCGGAAGACACGUUUCAAUGUUAUUUUUACCGGGAUACCCUUAUCAUCAAAAGCUCUUUAAUUACAAAAAAUCGGUUAGAUGGUCAGUUAAGCUUUUAGUUUGAAAAGCUUGACCGGAACACACCCUCUGCACUUUAUUUGACCGUUACUAGGCAACCAAAGCUUUGCUAAGAAAGGUCUACACAAUACCACCAAAUUAUCAAUUUAAACUUGAAGUUGACUAGACUCAAUUUUUCAGAUAGGAAGAAAACUUAAUCGAAAAAAGAGAAAAGUGCUUUUGAACAUGUCAGGUGCUCAACAAAAGAGAAAGGACUCCUCCACAAGCUGCCAACUUGAAAAGCUACUAACCUAUGUGAGUGCUACAGAACGGCAGAGCAGUGAGCCUCCGGAUGAGGAUGAAGAUAAGCAGUCUAAAAGCAGAGGUGCAGUCCAGAGCAGCGAGGUGGUCGGAAAUGUUCAAGCACUAUCUGACAAAAGCAAGAUGCAUGGACAGUCUCAAGUCUACACAGCAACUAAAGACACGCUUUUCUCAAUGAAAACACCUCACCCUGCAAUCCACGCGCUGUCACUGGAUAGGGUCUUUGGGAUGAAUCCCACCCUCCCUGUGUUCAGUCUGCAAGACCACAGUGAGCUUGUUUUCCUGUACGCUGCAGCUCAUGUUGGGAUCGUAUGCAAUCACACCUCAAAUUCCCAGCACAUUCUGCAGGGUCACUCCCAUCCCAUCUCAUGCAUGUGUGUGAGUGAGGACAGACGCUGGAUUGCAACAGGAGACAGCGGGCCAAGGAGCACGGUGAUUAUAUGGGACUCCUACUCUGGUAUUCCUGUGAAUACAUUGUUUGAUUGCCACCCUGCCAGCGGUGUCGCUGCUGUGGCGUUUUCAAGCAACACAAAAUACCUAACAACUCUUGAGAAAGCAGAACGUCAAAGUGUGUGUAUUUGGGAUUGGACCAGUGAUGCACAAAAGCCCCUCUGUUGUACUGAACUGAACCCCAAACAUGGUUUUCAAGAAUACAUCAUUUUUAACCCAAAUGAUAGCACUCAGCUUCUCAGCUGCAGUAAAAGUCACGUGUUAAUCCACAGCAGGGCCAGUGAAAGUUUGCAAUACAUUGCACUGAAGCUCAAGAUGUUCACCCAUGCAACCAAUCCCGAUGUAUUUACUCAGCCUUCUCCUGAUCCCAGUAAUAGCGUUCGCUUUGCUGACAUGUCUCUGAGUCGUUCCGUGUUUCACUGGAGAAAGCCUCAGGUCCUGAUAGCCAUAGCAGACUACAUCCUGGCGUGGGACAUUGUUGGAGACUUGGUUAAAAAACAGAGGCUGUCCAUUGACAAAGCCAAUAAAACCUGCAUCCACCGAAUCACCGUUCUCACCAUAACUGAUGGCUAUGUGGUAACUGGCGAUAUACAAGGUCAAGUCCGGUUUUAUGAUGAAAACUUCCUGCUUGUCAGCUGUUAUGGCGAUUUCAACCUGGAUCCUGUAGUUUCUAUUUCCUUUUCCAAAGACACACCUACCGAGGGCUGUCAGGAGGACUGCACUCUGGAGGCCAACCUGUUACUAAUCAGGAAUUUCAUCAUUUCCACAGUCAAUUCGAAGGUCAUACAUGUGAACACACAAAGUGGCGUCUUCCAGACUCUUCUGCAAAAUGAUUAUGAGCCUGUCCAUGCAGUAGCAUGCCACCCCUCUCGUCCAGCUGUAGCCUUUGGCAACCAUCGUGGCAUCUUAACACUAUGGGAUUAUAACCGCAAAGAAAUCAUUGGCAACAGGGUGUUUGAGAAAGAAAAGCAUAUUCAGUGUGCUACUUUUGACCCAAAAGGAUUAUGCUUGGCUGUGGGCUUUAGAACCGGAGCGGUUUACAUACUGGAUGCCUGCACCUUGCAGAAUAACCCUAAGGAAUGCUUCCACUGCACUACAGACAGCAUCAGCUUGAUCACCUUCUCUUCAGACUCACAGUACCUAGCCACUGCAGAUGCUGGUAAAGCAGUGACAGUUUUCCACUCUCAGAGAAACGAAGACUCAUCGCCUCUUUGGGUGAAUCUGGGCAGGUACUGCUCUCACUACAAGCCCAUCAAAGACCUUCUUUUUGGGGUUCAUCUGGACAGCACCCAACCAAGACUGCUCUCCCUGGGAUUGGACCGCCAACUAGUGGAGUAUAACCUGAAAAACAGUGACAGGAACAAGCUCCUCAUCCUCGGCUCCCAGCGCAUUGAGCAAAGUGCCGUGCCACAGUGCAUGAUUUGGUAUCCUCCUCUCAGCGCAGAGCAGUUCCUUCUCGUUGCCUCGGACCAAUACAAGAUUAAGCUUUUCAACAGCACAACCAAGAUGUGCAGAAAGACGGUCCUUGGCCCAACGUAUGGUUCUCCAAUUAAGCAAGUCAGGAUUCUUCCAAAGUCAAACGAACCUGAGAUAAACUCAUAUCACCUGGCAUUCAUCACAGAGGAUAAGUUGGGUCUCCAGAUUUUACCGUUGGACGGGAACCCCUAUAACUCCAGCGCUUUGAUCUGCCAUCCGACAGGCGUCUCUACCUUUGCCUGCUCCUACGAUGGCAAGUUUGUCUUUACUGCAGGAGGAUCUGACUGCAGUGCCCUGUCAUGGAAAGUGAACUUGGACGUGCUGGAAGCAGCAGCCGCCUUGGGUGGAAAGGACAUGGUGCCUUUUUAUUCACUCCUCGAGGGUGGAAGAGAUGGCACGUUUUACAGAGAGAUGGAGGACUUUUUCUAUUACUGCCAAAUCCGCCAUCAAGGCACUGAAGUGAGGAAGAGACUUGAAGUAUCUACCAAAAUUCCUCUAUCGGAAGUUCCCUAUUUGAUGAAAGCUGUGGGCCACUUUCCUACAGAACAGGAGAUAGAAGACAUGCAAAAUGAGGUGAAAUUCAGCAAAUAUGCUGAAACUGGAAAAUAUGUGACAGACAUUGACCUGGAGGAGUUUAUCAAGCUGUAUAUUAACCAUCGGCCAGCCUUUGGUUUCUCCAGUGAUGAGCUUGUUCAAGCUUUUCAUGUUCUUGGUAAAAAUGACCAUACAGGGAAGCCCGUUCUGCAGAGAAAUUAUGUGCUAGAACUUCUACAGGCUCGAGGAGAACACAUGACAGAAGAAGAAGUAGCAGUGUGCUUUGCCACCCUUCUGGGGGUCAAUGAAGAAAAAGCAGAAGAAGGGACACUCUGUGAAAAAUCUUCCCUGGGGAAUGUGAUCCCAGAUGAGCUAUCUGUGGAGACAUUUACAGGUUACAUCCUUGGCUUACCAUUGGCCAACGAGCAGAGAGCCAGCACUUCACCUCCAGAAUGAUAACAUCAACAACCUGCCAGCUAGUAAUGGAGAGGAUGCGUUAAUGAAAAAGAUUUUACCCCUAAAUCUCCUUUAUGAUUUCUGUGCACAGUAUGCUCUUAUAUUGAUAUUAAAUGUUUUUAUAUGUGCUUUCAUUUAAAAGUAUAAAUAUCAGUUUUGGGGACAUCUAUUAGACAAACAUGGUUGAGUUAGAUUAGUCGGGAAUGUAGUUAGUUUUUGAGAACACAUUAAAUGGCAAAGCUCAGAAGUAGCACCUGAUUUUUUUUCUUAUUUAUUGUUAUAUUUUUAAACAUUAAAAAUAUUGCAACUUAAAAAAAAAACUGUUUAUUUAAAAUAAAUUUUUUUGUCAAAAUAUUGAUACACAAUGUGUACAACUACUUCAAUAAAGUCAGGGUAAAAACGCUACUGAGACAGUUUCCCUUUUUGAAAAUGGAAUUAAAAUGUGUCUCAUUGCCCAUCCAUAGGUGGCACCUACUCUGCAAAAAAAAAAAAAAAAAUAGUUGCAUCCUUAGUUUUAUUUCUGAAACUCAUUUGUGAAAAUAGCCCACGAAAACGGUGGUUUCUCUCGUAGAGGGAACGCAAGGAUGCAUCCACCACUGAACUGGAUCCCCAUCUGAUCUAAAUGAUUGAUGCGUCUUAUAUCGUUUGUUGUUUUAGGUUCUGAGAUAUAAGUGGGGCUCCAAAUCUAACCAAUCAGCAGCGGUUUUAAAGAAUAAGCUCAUGACUCUGGCCAAUGAGAUACGCGUUUCCAUAAUAACUAGUUACUGUAGAAAGAGCAGCAGCUUUUCGCCUGCAGGCCGCAGGAUGGGGCGAUGUCGGAUAGUGGGCGGAGUCGGAUGUCCAAUGGCAAACACCUCCAUCUUCUGGAAAAAUGGAGGAACUACAACAAAAAUUCUAAUUAUGGUUGAAAUAGUAUAUAUCAUAUACUGUAUAAAAAAUGUUGUGACUUUUUUUUGGUAAAUAAAUUAGUAAACUGUUUUGUGCAGUCCCUGACACAAUCAUUACAUUUUUUUUCACAACUUUCAAGAUACAUUACUCAUUAAUAUUGAAAAUAUAUUUGCUCCCUUUACAUGUCUGGAGCAGUAUUUUCCAAUCCUGGUCCUCAGCAUCACUGACCAGAUGUUUUUGCUGUUUUCCCAUUCAGACAUACCUUGCUUUUGUUAGUGGGACAUUAACAGACUUUAAAAGACUUUGACAACAAGUUAUUCAGGUAAUCCAUCCACCUUAUGUGAUAUUUUGAAGCAUGCAAACAUAUAAAACAUGCAAGACAGCAGGUUCCCAGAACAAGGAUUAGGAAACGAUGGUCUAAAGUAGUGGGUACCAACACCGAUCCUCAGCGACCCCUGUCCUGCAUUUUUUUUUUUUGACGUUUCCUUGCUUUAACACACCUGAUUAAGAUGGUUCUAGCUAAACAAAAGCCUGUGAAACAACGAUCAAUUGAAAUCAAGUGUGCUGAAGCAGGUAAAACUCUGACCAUACUAGGGUUGAAAAAAACUGGUCUAGAAGGUUGAUUAGCAAUGCAAAUAUGCAUGUCUCCAUGACACUAUAUAGCAUACCAACAAUGAUAAAAUCUACGGCUUAGGAUUUCCAUGGUCACUGUAACCCAGAAGUCUCUCAUGUUGACCCUACCAUCAUAUUGCUGAGGUGGAUUUGGGAUUUCACUAACUGAAAGUGUAUAAAAUAAUCAAAUGAAGAAACAAGCAAACAAAGAAAAUCAAAGAUGGAUAAAUUAAUUUGUUUUCAAUUAUCAUCAAAUUCCAUACAUUUAGUAAGAUUUGAAAUCAAACUUCAAGGCUUUUUACCUGGCACACUGAAGACACCCUUCUUAUGAAGAUCCAUUACUACAGUUAUAGGGUUGAUACCACACGACACACAGAUAAUCGUUUUCAAAGGGCUUUAUAGGACGAAUAUGCCUGUAAAACCCUCUCUAUGUCAGUCCCUCUCAAUAAUCCCAAUCACACAGCUAACUGCUGUAUGAUUCUGGAAAACGAUGAAACCAAAAAUUAGGAAGAUUUUAAACAUGAAUCUAAAUUUAAAUCUAAAAUCUUAAAUAUUCGUUUUGCUCUGACCAAAUAAAAAUAAUUAUUUGCAUAAAUACCUCUAUGAUUACCUAAAUAUUGCGCAAGCAAAUACCAACAAUACAAACAUUAUGCGAUCUUUUAAAUUUCUCUUCCUCAUUUGCAAGUAACGUUGGUCACAAUUUGCUGUCUCUUUUCAUUUGACCACGAUGAAUGUCUGUAGAAUUGUUUUCAAGCUGAAGGGUGGUUGGUUGGAAAGGAUCGCUGUGGUUGCUAUUUAUUUGCUUAUUUGAUGUUCUGCUGCAUGUUGUGCAGGAACGCGAAGUUCCUGGGGUGGUUGUUCCUCGGAUUCUUCAACGGUUUGAGCUAAUGGUCGGAUUAUUGCACACUCUUUUAGAGAUAGAAAGGUCUGAUAAAUACAUCCCAGAAUCCAAAGAAUUUAUAUUGGUGUUCGCGGAGAAGGUUGCAAGCCGAAAUUGCUUCCAAAUGUUUGGGCUGUAUUGGCCUUGGUUCCAAACCUUUGGCAUAUUCAUUUACAUUUUAAUGUGAAACAUUAUAGCUAAUGCCUCACCUCUGUAUCAGAGCUUACGGUUUUCUUGUAUGUUUAUUUAAAAGACGUAGCUCUUGAAAAUGUCCCAUUGGGUCUUAAUGAGAUUUGCUUGCAUAAUUAAAGGUAAAAUAAAAACAACAAGCCAUUAAAACAGAACCGUCUUAAAUACCUUAUAGUGUGUCGCGCCACAAAAACGCCACUCACAUUAUGGCGGCGACGUAAACGUUCAUGUGACGUCAUGUUUCGCUUAUCUAAUGGGAACCACGGAAGCUUUACGUUUCCCAUGAUGCUUCACGUAUAUGAACUGGUUUGUUCGUAUAUUUUCUACUGAAAGCAAUGACGGUUUUUUAAGCCAACGUAAGUAAACAUUUAUACUCUAUCAGCAUAGCUUCAUGGUACAAGUAAAAAUAUGUGUGAAACCAUAAUGAUAAGCUGCUGAUGUUUUUCUCCUUAUAAAUUCCUUGCCAUGCUUAAGAACAUCCGGGGCAUUCAGAAGGUUUGCUAUCUGGGCUACAAGCAGAGAACCCGGUUUCUCACGUACCUGCCCAGGGGAAAGUCCCCGGACCCGUGGCAGAAAGUGCCCUGGUUGAAUCCAGCGUUGAUUUGCGUUACUCCUUCUUCGGCGGAGACGUUCAUGUGAACCGAGCCAGGAGAUCGCCUUUCGACCUUGUCAGCGAAAAUAGUAAUGCAAACAUACUGCAUGAAACGCUUGAACAGAACGGGGCUCAUUCUCAGAAUGCACA